UAUGGUCAAGUUAGCCUAGUAUUUAGUUAUCGGCUUUGAAUUAAACUAUUAAAAAUAUGUUAUAAUUUUUUCAACACGAUAAAAUUAGGUAAAGUUUCCUCAUAAUAUUUGACUAAGAAAUCAAAUUGUAAACAUAAUUAGUGUGAAAUGUCGAAGGAAUCUUCUACAUCAAAACAAACAAGGUUAUGUGGAUUAUGCGAUGAAAAACCAAGUAAGUACUGCUGUCCACGAUGCGAAAUUUUCUACUGCUCACUCGAGUGCUACAAAUCCGAAAAACACGAAGGAUGCUCGGAAAGUUUUUACAGAGAAUGCGUUAAUGAGGAACUAGCAUCACAUCAAGUCGGUGACGCUGCUAAAGCCAAAAUGAUAGAUAUAUUGAAAAAAAUGCAUGAGAAUGACGAUGAUGAUCAAAUAGAAGAAAUCGAAAAUGUCGAAGAAAUAGACUCUGACGACGGUUCUGAAAUAGAUUUACAUACUAGAAUACAAGACUUAAACUUAGACGACCCAGAUGCUCUUUGGAAUGCAUUAACAGAAGAUGAGAGGAAUGAUUUUGAGGCAAUGCUUAAUCAAGGUGAUGUCGGCACUAUAAUACCUCAAUGGGAGCCAUGGUGGUCGUUUACUAAAGAAAAAAAACUAGUAGAGGAUGUAGAAGAAUCAAGUAAAGAAAUGGAAGCUUUAAAAAAAUGCCCUGAAAUAAAAUCUGUACCAAAGUUCACUUCACUCACUACAGUGAAACCAUCACCUGCUAUAAGAUUUAAUAUGGCAAAUGUUGUAGCUUCUUAUGCCUUCAUCGUGAGAUAUUUUAAUGGUGAAAUAGAACCAAUGGAAACUGCCUCUUAUUUGCUAGACAUAUGUACUAAUUUAAAUUGCAAUAAUAAUUUUGAGGAUCCCGAAUCUGCAGUAGAAUCUGUUGCACAGAGGUGUCUACAAAGUGAACUAAUACAAACAGAUGAAGCAAGCUUAGAGGUGAUGAGAAAUGACACAUUACAAAUAUUACAAGGGCCGAGUGAAGAAAAUAAAUUACAUUACAAUAAAGCAACUUUUUCUCAUAUCAUUCAAAUAUUUGCAGAUGCAAAAUCACUUUCUAAAAGAAAUAAAACCGACUUAAAUGACAAGAGUACGAAUAAAGGCACAUUUUCUAGAAAAUUCCCCGAACAUAACCAAAAUCAUUUUCCUAAUAUAGAUUUAAGCAAAGUUAAGAAAGUUAUCAAGAAGUUGGAAUAUUAUUUAUCAUUUUUAGACAGCUGUGAUAAUCAAGUAUAACUUGUUUUUUAUUUUGUUUUAUAAAAUAAAGAUAUUUUAUUUC